GCCGCGUUCAGACACGGUUACCAUGGUACCCAGUUAUCAACAGGCCGUUGUGGAUGUAGCUCGUUAGCUGUGUCGGUAACAAUUAACUGUAGUUACAAGUUAACUUUCCUAGCGUGGAAAUGUCUCGAGCUCGGGCAGAAAGCGUCAUUAAAAACAUAAUUCGUGAAAUAGCACAGCAGUGCGCGGUGAGAGGACAGGCGGUGUCCGAGACUCUGGUGGCUUUCACGGUGAAAGCUGUGGUUCUGGACCCCAGAAAUGGCUUUAAUGUUGAUCGGACACUGACCAGACAAGAUGUCCAGAAAAUUGAAGAGCUCUGUCUGGACAAGCUGAUGGAAGAGUGCAGCCCGUCCCUGGACACAAUCAAAAUGCAGGUGUACUUUGAAAUGAACUACACCUCUAGACAUGAGUUUCUGGAGGAAAUCCACCGGGUGUCGGAGUCCAAGCUGAGUCCAGUGAGCAGAGAGAUCACUGACAGCAGGGUGAAGACACGGGAAGAAUUAGACGCUCUGUACUGUAAAAUCAUCACAUAUAUCCUGCUGCGCUCUGGCAUGGGCUCGCCUACUGACGUCAACAUCGUUCAAGAGGCUACAGCUGCCCUGCAGAGCAUCUUCCCUCAGACUGAACUGGGAGCGUUCAUGGUCCUCUUAAAGAAGGACAAGGAGCAGCAGCUCAAGGAGCUCACGAUGAUUGUCACAGGGAUCCGACUCUUCAACAAAGCCAGCGAGAAGGGAGAAGAGGACACUGACCUCAGUGAACUGAUUCCCACUAUCCUUAAUGAGGCUCUUCCGGUCACCAGUAAAAGCAUAGAAAACGAGUUGAGUGCGUCACAGAGUUUGGCAUGGAAAUACACAGCGUUGCUGGAGAAGCUGACGGAUCCCGACAGUCAGCCCGGAGAGUGUGACGUGCCCACAAUCCUGCUUAAACAGGCUCUCUACAACGUCAGGCAGCAUGAAGCCUUCCUCAAAAUGUUACUGGCUGACGCGAGUUCAUGUGGCGAGCACGCUGAAAUCCUGCAGACUGAGUUCUCCUCACAGAUGAAGCUGCUCAAAGAAACUGUGAAGGCAAAGACAGCUGUCCCCACCGCAAAGGUUUUUCCACUGUUUAAGGCCUUGUCAAGGCUGUGGUCUAUACUUCAGGAUGAGGGGGAGCUGCUGAACAUCCUCGGUAACAUUGCGCUGAAUCUGCAGCCCUUCAUCGCCUCUCAGGCCAAAAUAUUCUAUGAAGCUUAUGUGGACAGCCUGCUGGACGCUUCAGAGGUGAAGACAGACAACCAGAGAAUGAUUGAGUCCUCAGAUGAGCGUGUUGAUCCAGUGCAGAUGAAGACACAUGAGUGGCUCCUGCCUGAAACAUUAACCAGCUUCAAUGAGCUGCCCUUACAGUACAAUGGAGUCUGUGGCUAUACACUUGUCACCAGAGAUGGACUUCUGCUUCCAGGUAAUCCACACAUUGGAGUCCUCAAACACAAGGAGAAGCUGUAUGUUUUUAACUCUAAAGAAGCUGCGUUGAAAUUUGCCUGCAGUUCAGAAGAGUUCAUUGCAGAGGUGGCAGAAAAAGCCAAGUACUGCCCCGAACUCAUUCAGCUCCUCAAACUCCACCAACAGUUUUCCUGCAUCAGUCCUCACUCUGAGAUGCAGCCAGGAGAGAGUUUACUAGUGAAACCAAUCACCAAGUGUGAGAGCGGCACACAGACUGACAUCCACCCACUGGAGACAAACAUUGUCAAGUCAUAUGAGUGGAAUGAAUGGGAGCUGCGAAGAAAAGCUAUCCACCUGGCUGAUCUCUUGACCAAACAGACACACUCAACACAGACUGAUCUGAGCCACAUGAGACGGGAAAACGUCACUCAGACAUGGCUGCCCAAGGACGCUGCCUGUCAAAGCAAGAGAGACGGUGAGAGCAACGUGCCCAAACCUCAGGUCUACCUGGCAGGUCUGAGAGGACAGAGAGAUGGACAAGUGGUCAAGACAAACCUGACCAGAUCUGUUGAUGAAUAAUAUUGUCAUGUAAAAUAAAAGUUGAUGUAAGCAUGGAA